AUGUAUUGCGGCGAUUAUACACAAGGAACAAUUUUUCCUGCUCCAAACUUUAACCCUAUUAUGGAUGCCCAGUUGCUAGGAGGAGCUCUACAGGGAAUUAGUUGUGAAAAAGAUGUGUUGAUUGAUAUUCUAACUCAGCGUUGCAACUCACAGCGACUUAUGAUUGCCGAGGCAUACAGAGACAUGUAUGGCAGGGAUCUGAUAGCAGACCUGAAAGAAAAUCUCUCUCAUCACUUCAAAGAAGUUAUGGUUGGCUUGAUGUAUCCACCUGCCUCCUAUGAUGCCCACGAGCUCUGGCAUGCCUUGAAGGGAGUAGACACAGAAGAAAACUGCCUAAUUGAUAUAUUAGCCUCAAGAUCAAAUAUGGAGAUUUUCCAGAUGAAAGAAGCCUACUUAAUGCAAUAUAAUACUGAUCUUCAACAAGAUAUCGACUCUGAGACUUCAGGUCACUUCAGAGAUACACUCAUGAACCUUGCUCAGGGAACAAGGAUGGAAGGAUAUGCAGACCCUUCUACAGCUGCUCAGGAUGCAAUGAUUCUAUGGGAAGCAUGUCAGCGGAAAACAGGCGAACACAAAAACAUGCUGCAAAUGAUUCUCUGCAACAGAAGCCACCAGCAGUUGUGGAUUGUUUUCCAGGAGUUCCAAAAUAUCUCUGGCCAAGACAUAGUAGAUGCCAUUAACGAAUGUUAUGAUGGAUACUUUCAAGAAUUACUGGUUGCAAUAGUUCUCUGCAUUCGUGACAAGCCUUCUUACUUUGCUUACAGGCUUCAUAAAGCAAUUCACGACUUUGGGUUUCACAAUAAGACAGUUAUAAGGAUUCUCAUUGCCAGGAGUGAGAUUGACUUGAUGAAUAUCCGACAGCGAUACAAAGAGAGAUAUGGGAAAUCACUCUUCCAUGACAUUAAA